AUGGCCGAAAAUAAAAAAUAUGAAAAUAGUAAAGUUCAUUAUUUCGAAGAUGGGAACAUCCUGCUUAUAGCAGAGAGCACAAUCUUCAAAGUACAUCGUGGUAUUCUAGCUCAUUCGUCUGUUGUCUUUAAUGAUAUGUUCAAGAUAGCUACCGAGGACGAUGCUAGAACUCCCGAAAUCACCUUAGCGGAGUCCGCAAGUGAGCUUGAAUUGUUAUUGAGCUUUAUGUAUCCACCCAAAGUACGAAUAAACUGGCAGAUAAUCCAAAAAUUAUUACAACUCGCCGACAAAUACAUAAUUGAAAGCAUUCCCAACGAUGUAAAGAACUUCCUAGAGUUACGUUUUCACGAAAAACCAAUUGUUUCUUUAAUCGUUGCCGAAAAACAUUCGUUCUCGCAAAUAUACAAAAAAUCUUUUAUGCUCGUGUUGGAUGAACUUCUAGAAUCGAUCAAUGUGCCGAACUUCAUUGACUUAUCCAAAGAAACGAUCAUAAAACUGCAAAAGUGUUGGUUUAUAUACAUCCAAGGAUUAGGCCAAUUGAACGAUCUCUAUUCCAUGACGUUUAUUCCACGCCGUCAACAUACUUGUGGCGAAAGAAAGGCACAUAAUAGCAAGAUAAACGAUAAGAUUGAAGAAAAAUUGCAAAAAAUUCAUGUUUUUCCACCACCACGUCCGUCCGAGGUUUUGGAAGAUUUACUAGAUCUACAUUCACUAAGCUUAGGUUACAGUGACGAUCAUAUAAUUUCAGCAUAUCUUGAUCGCAAUAUUGAGAAAUGUUUGGGUAAAUUCGAGAGAUUAGAUUUGGGGUACAACAGUAAGUUCAACGGUAAGUCCGACAGAAACUAUCUUAGCUUUGAUUAA